AUGUCGAGAAUCUCCGUUACCGCCCUCCCGCCUACUACGGCGCACACCCACACCUUCGUCUUCCUCCACGGCCGAGGCGACAACACCACCAACUUCAUUGCGUCGCUCGCCCACUCCCGAGACUCGCGCGGGCAGACCCUGCUGGGGGCGUUUCCCAGUUUCCGCUGGGUGUUUCCCCAGGCACCCAUGCGCCGGUGCGCGAGCGUGCCCGAUACAUUUCCGCAGUGGUUCGACGUCUGGGACCCGCGCGACUUUGCCCUCAACGAGGACCUGCAGGUCGAGGGACUCAAGGAAAUGGUACCCCAAAUUCGAGACAUCCUGGCCGAUGAGGCAGCCGCCCUGGGCGGCCGUUGGGACCGCGUCAUCCUGGCCGGCAUCAGCAUGGGAGCGGCCACCUGCAUCCACACGCUCUUCAACCUCGAUAUUCCUACCCCGGAAGCCAGACUGGGUGCCUUUGUCGGCUUCUCCGCUCGCUGCCCGUUUGCCGGACGCUCACUCGCGGGCAUGCGCGAGCUGCUCAGCCUGCCCAACGUUCCUGCGCACAACAACGUCUUGGCCAACACGCCCAUCUUGCUCGAACACUGCGUGGACGACCCGUUGGUUCUGGUGCAGAAUGGCCGAGGUCUGCGCGAUGUGCUGACGUCCUUCGGAUCGCAGGUCGCCUGGAGAGAAUAUCCAAGCGGAGGCCAUUGGUUCAAUGCACCUGCAGGCAUGGAUGAUGUCGUUGCAUUUUUGACACACGUACUGCAGCAAAACCAAUAA